AGGGCAACUUCUCGAAUUCCACGUACAGAGUUCAAACAAACUUGUAACAUUUUAAAAAUUCUAAUAAAAUACCGUCACUCGAGGAAGGGGCUGUAUACAUCCCUUCGAUGUCAACAAUUGCGAGGGUUUAAAAGUUUGUUAUUAUUACUUUUUCAAUCAUAAUAAGUGCAGCUUAUUAGAAAACAAACAGCUUAUUGUGAGACGAUUACAGAACAGUAAAAAAAGGAACAGGUGUGUUUGCUUACGCGGUAUUGAGUACUUCAGUAGCAUACUUUUUUUUACCGACUACCCACAUCAACAAUUGAAAAAUCAAGUUUAGCAGCUUCGACAACUGACUCUUCUCUGAGGACACACCUAGCACCGCAGAUCGCAAGAAUGCAGCUCUCUUUUGUGGUUGAAACCCAGAUCUGGCUCGUUAUGUUCUCUCGUCGCCCUCCGCUGUAAUGCUCUGCACGACUGAAAAAUAAGAAUACAAAAAGAACGUCGAGGGCAGAUGCUGCUUCUACUCAAGGACGAGACGACUGAUCCGACAGGAGUGGAAACUGCCUGUUUUUUUAAAAAAAAGCUUGUUCUGCACAAUGGGGACACGACACAGACCCCUCGAGCUGCUGAGCGGAUGUUAUUAAACUUAGUGACAUCUACAGACGCAUUUUUUUUUAAUGUUCGGAGUUAGCCGACGUGGUCUGAGCUAAAAAGAAAUAAUGUCGAACUCUCAGGACGCACCUCCACGGAAGCCAGAAGAGUCAGAUGAAAACGAAGCCGGCUCGGACGAGUGCCCCGUGUGCUAUGAAAGUUAUCGAGACGCAAAGAGGACGCUCGUCUGUGGGCACGUCUUUUGCCACGACUGCCUGGUAAAGACUCUGGUCAGCCUUAACCGAGAUGGGGAUAUCGUUCGGAAGAACAUCAUCUGCCCCAUAUGCCGGCACCUGACAUACGUCAAAAAGAAGAAAAUACUUCCUCUCAUAGUCACGAGCAACAAAAACAAGCAGACAUUGGAGGUUCCCAUGUCCCCCGUGAGUCCUAUAACCUUGAGCGCGUCUUCUCCGUUUAAUUCCUUAGACUCAUUAGAAGAAGAAGGAAGUCCAACCCCGGCCAGAACAACAAGAAGUAUGCGAAUCCGGGACUUUGUAUUCAGAAGAACUAGUCCUAGUGGUCCAGACCUUACUGGUGGUACUACCCCGACUAGCCCAACUAGUCCCUCACAGAUUUUUACCAUCAGUGGCCAUGGCAGACCGAUGUCCGAAGAGGACACGGUCAGCAUUACUACUGGAACUGUCAAUCGUCAAGCUCGCUUUUGCAGGUUACAGUGGGUCAUUAUUUUUUUAAUUGUGAUCAUCAUCAUGGCGAUUGUGGCGGCAAUACUGCCUUGGAUAAUUCUGAAGAGAGAUGGAUAAACACUGUACACGCUAGCUGCCUAAUCAUUCUGAAUGUGCACCUAGAAGUGCGUCUAACAGAAAAUGUUGAGGUCUGCUGUACAUCGUGGAUGUUGGGCACACUUCAUUGAGUGGGCAUUUUGGAGACCACACACAUGUUGAAUUCAUGAGAGAUUUACUUGAAUGGAAUUUAAUACAGCAAUUAGGAUACAUGUUGACCGGUCCGUUGUGCCUGCUGAAUAGUGAUGUAUAAACCCGCAGACUCAGGGAUAUUGGCCAAGUCUCCUGAAUGGAAGUGUCUGGUUGUUUUUUUGUUUCUUGAUUAAAUAGCAAGUCACUGGAAAUAAAAAUAAUAUAUGUUUUUUAAGAUAAGGUAUAAUUGUAUUUUGAGGGGGAAACAAAUGCACUUAAUAAUGUAAAACGAGCACGACCCCCCUCAGUUGUAGGAAGGAGCAGUUCGUUUGAGAGACUUAUUAUUGUAUUCCUCUUUGGAAACUGCGAUUUGCAUUUGCGUUAAAAUAGCAUACGAUAUAGCAUAAGAUAUUUUUAUACGUUUUAUACGGGUUGGAAUGACACUGACCCGGUUCAGAUCUGGAUUGUCUUUCUACAACACCAUCCCUUAUAAAAGUGUCCCAUAGUAAAAAUAUAGCAAAGUGCAAUACAGCAUAGUUAAAGCGUUAGGGUGACCAGGGUAAACUAUGGUACAUGCACAGCAUAACCAUGAGGAAAGCAUGGGAAAACUGGAAAAUUCCCAUGGUAAACUUUUGUAAGGGAUGCUGUUUGUCUCUUAAAGGGCAAAAACAAAGAACAGGUAUCUGGAUUGGAGGUACUGCCAUUGCCAACUCCUAACCGCUAAUGUUAUAAUGAAACAACUCCUUUCCCUUUCUCAAAACCAAACGACUAAAGGCCAGUAAUAUGUACAUAAAGCUGUAGAAAGAAAAGUAACACAGUGCAGUAAACUUGUUAUUUUUCAUGAAAAAAAUAUGCAUCUCUGAGGAAAAUGUUUUGUGACUAUCAACUCAAAUCCCACAGGGCUAGCUACAACGCAUACAUCAUGUCCGAUAUAGCUGCAUCCUAUGAAUUAUUAUGUAAGAGGGCAUUAAUACAUGCAAAGCACAGUAUGGAGGGGUCCCGGCUGAGUAUUACCAACCACUACAAAUGUGAAACUUCAUCUAACAUUUAUAUUGGGUUAUAUACAGAUACACAUCUACAUGUAUUAACCGAUUUGCUAACAUCACUAAAAAUGCAUUAUAUCUUAACUUUAUUCAGCUGUAUAGGCAUGGCUUUUUCCAAACGUCUUUACAUAAAUGUGAUUCAUGCCUAUUAGCAAAGUAAUGUAUGUAUAUAUUUGCUGGAAAACGCUUCCUUCCUUGUAUUUAAAUGAAUCUGUUGCUGCAUCGUUCUUGUAUUAGUCAAUGAGAUACUUAUUAUAUUGGCUUUGUGUUUAGUACACUGCAGCCUUCUUUAAUUAUGUCUGUGUCAUGUACUCAUUAUGGAUUAGUUUUCAUGGUACUGCUGUCUGAUUGGUUGAGCCAACAGACACUGUGUUCUUUUCAAAGUGUUUUUAAAAGGAAAUUAAAUGCACACCCAGACAAGAAUCAGUUGAUGACAUCAGCAGGGCUAUCUCCUUCUAAUUUAUUUGAAACUUCCCUGUCCUGGAAUUAAAGCUGUAGUAUCAUUUUCAUUG